AUGUCGGAAAAGUCGAAUUACGACCACCACGGAGGAGGCCUGACAUCACUGGUAGAGAGCGCACAGGCGUCCCACGAGUCGAUCAACGUAAAGCCGCCGCCGCCGGCCGACCGGGGAAAAGAUGCCUACCUCUUCCUCGCCUCGUGCUGUGUUUUGGAGGCAGUGGCUUGGGGACUGCCGUUUACUUAUGGCGUUUUCAACGACUACUACAACACCCAUGGGCCGUUUGACGGCUCCGACAACCUCGCCAUUGUCGGGACCUGUUCCUUGGGCAUGAUGUACCUAGGCCUUCCACUCGUUUUCGCCUUUGUGCAGGCCUACAAGAAGCACAUUCGCAUCCUAUGCGCGGUGAGCAUCAUCAUCAUGGGGGUCGCCCUUGCCCUCAGUUCGUUCGCGACAACCGUCACCCACCUCAUCCUUACACAGGGCAUUCUCUACGGAUUGGGGGGCAGCAUAUCCUGCUCGACAUGCGUCAUCCUGCUAUCGGAUUGGUAUGACAAGCGCAAAGGGAUUGCCUUUGGCAUCAUGCUCGGAGGAACCGGUCUUGGAGGCACCAUUGUCCCCAUCGUGACGGAGAGGUUGCUUCAGACAUUCGACUUCCGAACUACCCUGAGAGUCCUCGCUGUGGCCGUCGUGGUGCUACCCAGCAGCUUCGUCUACUACAUGAAACCACGCGUCGAGCCGGAUCCCCGGAUCUCGCUACGGAGCCAGGUCGGGAUGCGCUUCAUGAAGACAGGUGCGUUUGUCGCCCUGCAGCUGGCCAACACGGUUCAAGGUCUGGGCUUCUUCCUACCGACUCUGUACCUACCAAUGUACGCCAGAUCGAUCGGGGCUUCGCAGAGUGUGGGCGCACUCACAGUGGUGGUGUACAACAUCGUAUCUGUCGUCGGCUGUGUUUUGAUGGGCUUCAUCAUUGACCGCUGGCAUGUGACAACAUGCUGCCUGGCGUGCGCGGUCGGCUCCAGCAUCAGCAUCUUUCUACUUUGGGGAUUCUCCGGCUCGGUCGCGCCCCUGUUCGUCUUUUGCGUCACUUAUGGCAUAUUUGCCGGCGCCUGGGUGUCUGCUUGGUCCGGCAUGGUCAAGGUCGUACAGCGAUCCGAACCUACGGCCGACACCAGCACCGUGCUAGCCUGGCUUUCGGCGGGCCGCGGCAUCGGCAACGUUAUCUCCGGACCUCUAAGCGAGGCUCUGUUGCGCGUGGAUCAUUGGAAGGGGACACUACCGUACGGGUAUGGCAGCGGUUACGGCAUUCUCAUCGUGUUUACGGGGAUUACAGCCGCGCUGAGCGGGAGCUGUGUGAUCGGGCGCAGACUGGGCUAUUUCAAGUGAAUAUCAUGUUGCUCUUGACCUCCUAUACGCUAAUUAGUUUUCAAUAUUUGGCACAAUAGACGAUAGAAGUUACGAAGAGAGUUCAGCCGGACACAGAACCAUGUGGAGAUCGAGUUUAUGUAGGUGGACAGGACAAAACGCCAACAACCUGCUCCGGUGCUGCCUCUUUG